CCCACGCUCAUUUUACACUGCCUCGCCCUCCCUACUCUUACCUCGAUAGUCACGGCAAGCGGUAGAUUGCCCACCCGCUCGCGUCAUUCGCGGUAGUGCCUGUGCGGGCGGCCCUUGUUUCCUCCGUCGCUUAUGCGCGGACGUAGUUGUUAUGGAGGGUGGUACUUUAGAGGUGAAGGAGGCAGGCGCGUUGGCUGCGGAGGCCGCGCCGCGCGCAGAGGAGAUUAAGGACGUUAAGGACCGGCGGUGGGAUCGUAGCGCGAUUCGCGGCAUGUGGGAGUUCGCUUCGAUACUGGACUUUCUCAGAAUUUUCCGGGAGCCGCUACAGCUGACCAUCGACGCUACAGCCGAAGACGUCGAAACGGCCCUCCUAACCCCGGAGCCGUCUCCGCUUCUUAAAGACAUCCACAUUACCCUCCUUAAGGGCAUACAGCCGCUCAACCGCCCCCCAGCAGACCACCGCACGUGGGCGACCCUUGUGUGCCGGCGUGUGCACAACACUUGGCCGCAGGUCGCCCCAGGGAUUUGCCCUCUCUAUUCCUGUCAGGGGGCUGAGGCGGAGCUCUAUGCGUCUCUCCCUCCGCCUGACCGCGUGCGCAUCUUGAAAGCGCUCUGCGAGAUGCGCCUGGAUCAAGAGGACACGCGUGUGCUGAUAGACGCGGCAAUGAAGAGGAACGUUGAGGAGGUUCGCAUGGAGCCGUUUGGAACAGACGCCAGCAGCCAUGUGUUCUGGUUCUGCAAUGAUGCAGUAUUGGGCCAUCGUCUCUUUAAAGAGGGUCCUCCCGUUUGUAUCACACAAGAGGAGGCUGACGCUGCCGCUGCCGCUGCUGCUGCCGCUGCUGGUGCUGCUGCUGAAGCUGCAGCAGCUGCUGCUGCUGCUGCCGUUGCUUCUGGUGGUGUUGGUGACGCAUCCGCUGCUGAUGCUGCUGCUGCUGUGGCCGAAACUGCUAGUGCUACCGAUGCUGCUGAUGCUAAUGCUUCUCCUGCAGUAGUGGUUGCAAUGGCGGUUGUGGGAGAGGUAGCAGAGGCAGAGAUAGAGAGAGGGACAGGGACAGAGGCAGAGGCAGAGACGGCGGCAGAGGCAGCAGUUGCAAAAUAUGCUGCCAAGCCUGCUGUUGCUGUGACUGCUGCUGCUAUUGAAGCUGAAGCUUCUCACGCGGCUGAUACCAGAGCUUCUGCUGCUGCUGCUGCUGAACGUGCUGAAGCUGCUGUCAAAGCUGCCGAGACAGCUGCUGUUGCAACUGAAGCACCUGAAGCAACCGGGGCUGUUGCACCAGUAGCAGCAUCCCAACCAGGUGACCCCAGAUCUGCACCUGCCGCCAACUCUGCCGCUGCAGCUGCUGCUGUUGUUGAUACACCAGCAAAAGCCUCCACACCUGAUCCUUUGGCCGGCUUCUCCACCAAUGGCAGCAUUCCACCUGGCAAAGUCGGGGACUCUGAGCCGUCCAUUGGGCCAAAACCAGCGUCUGAGCCCUUAGCACCUGAUGCAACACCUGAGCCUGUAGCACCUGAAACAGCACCUGAGCCUGUAGCACCUGAAACAGCACCUGAGCCUGUAGCACCUGAUAUGGCACCUGCUACGGCACCUGAUACAGUGCCUGAUAUGGCACCUUCUACGGCACCUGAGUCUAACCGGGAGGCUUCAGCUGCUGUAGAGCAGGAGAAUGGGGUUAAAAAGGCGGAGCGAGGGAUGGCAGAAAAUGAGAAGGGGGGUGAAGGAGAGAACCUUGAGUCGGCUCAAAGAUCUCCUGCGGCUGAGUCUAAAGGGGGGGGUUCAGCUGGUGCACAUGAUGAGGCGAAGGGGGUUCAAAAGGAGGAGAGGCGGAUGGUAGAAAGUGCGAAGGGGGGUGAAGGAGUAGGGAAUGGAGUUGAAGAGAAGAGAGGGGAGGAGAGAGGGGAGGAGAGAGGGGAGGAGAGAGGGGAGGAGAGAGGGGAGGAGAACGGGAUUGAAACUACAAGGCUGGCUCGAACCCAAAGUGAUGCGGAUACCGGGAUCGCUGUUGUGAUUGGGGCAAAGGCGUGCCAGGACCAAGCGGACAGUGUUACAACGGACAGUGUUACAGGGAUCAGUGUGGUAACCAGAUUGGACACGUUUCAGGCAGGGAAGGGCACAAAGAGCCUGGAUGGUAGGAUAUCCCCGAUUGGGGUUGAUUCGAGUCGAAACUCACUAGGUGAAAAAGAAGGAGAAGGGGAAGGCGAAGGAGUGGGAAGAAUUGGCGGGAAAGAGAGAGAAUACCGGAGUGGAAUUGACGCAAUUGUUCGAGGCGGGAAGGUGAUGGUUGGGGUGGGGGGAGUGAAGAAUGAAGGCAGGACACGUAGCGGGAAGAGUUUGGCCCAAGCUAGGGUUGCGGGACGGAGAAAUGGAGGAGAGGUGAAGGGUAGAGGAGGAGAGAUGAAAAUGACUGGAGGAGCGAAGAAGGAAGAGGUGGGGUUGUUGGACGAGGCUAAAGCAGAAGGGGAAGACGGGAAAGACGGAACAGAAGCAGGGGAGAGAAAGGAAGGGGAAGAGGGAAGGGAGGAGGGGAGACGGAAAAGAGUGGAGGAGGCUGAGGAGAGGGAGGUAAAGGCUGGUGAUGGGAUGGUUGCAGGCAGUGCUGAUGAAACAACCAAAUGUGAACCUGUGGUGACUGGCACUACUACAGUGACAGCAGCAGCAGCAGCUGGGUCUAGUGAGGCAGAUGCUACUGUGAUAGACUUAACUGAUGCAGACACAAGCACCCCCACCCCUGCCAAGGCAAAGGGGACUCAUGAACACCCUGGGAAAGGGGACUCAAGUCCCCCCACCCCCGCUCAGCCCGCUCCCACCCGCCAUGGCAUGAGCAUGAGAACGAGAUCGGGCGGUCUGCGCCCCCCUCCUCCCGCCGCCAAGCCCACUCCCAAGGCGGCCAGCAAGAAGGGCAAGGGGGCCAAGGCCAAGGGUGGUGCAUCGGCUACCGCUGCUGCUGCUGCUGCUGCUGCUGCUGCAGAAAAGAAGCGGAAGGCUAAGCCGGUGUAUCUGCCGCCGUCGUGUGGGGACUUUGUCACGGCUGCUGUUUCACUGGUGGAUUUCACAGCGCUCGUGGAAGAUCUGAGCGCCAGUGUGCAUAACGCGGAUCAGCUUAUAGCGGAUCGCCUGGCAGAGGAGGCUGUUCCUAAAGUGGAGCUGGAGGAGAAGCGGAGGGAGCGGCAUGCCAAGCGGCAGCAGCGGCAAGCAGCGCAACUGGCAGCGCAGCUGGCAGCAACCAUGGCAGCAGCAGGGCAGUAUGCAGGGGGGUACGGCGAGGGGCUGGCUCUGGGCCGGUCACGACGGGAACGAAAGCCCGUCACUUACACAUUCGACGACUUUGACCGCUCUAUCAACGACGCCAUCACGCUUCCUGCCAAAUCCCGUGAGCUUCCGCCCGAACACGCUCCCACUCGGGAGGGACUUCGCCAGCUGGCGGGGCGGCGCGUUUUGUCUGGUAGUGGUGACGCUGCUGCAAGUGAAGCAGGAGGAGGAGAGGGAGGGGGAACGACGGGGGGCGAAGGAGAUGGGGACGGUUUGGGGGCAAGGAGGAAGAGGGGGAAAGUUGGAGAAGACGAGGAUUAUGAGCCGAAUGGGAGUGGUGAUAGUGGGGGUGCUGGUAGUGAGAGUGAUGAUAACGAGAGGCGGUACAGAGAGGGGGAGGAUGGUGGAUUGGGGGAGGACGAAGGGGAGAGAAGAGACAGGAGAGGAGUUGAGGAAGCAGAGGGGAAGGAAGAUCCCAGGGAGCAGAGGCUGAUUAAAAGGCAAGUGGGCAGGAGCGAGAGAGAGGAGAUGGUGAAUGGUGCUUUGGAAGGGAAUUUCAAGGGUAGGAAGCGACGGAAGGGAGGUUAUAAGGAUGAAUACAGCGAGGGGGAGGAGAAAGGGGAGGACGGAGAGGAAGAUUACAAGGAAGAAGUUGAAGAGAGGGGAAAGGGGGUAGGGACAGACGCGGAGAGGGAAAGGGGAACCGUGCAAGGGGAAGGGUUGAAGGAAAGGAGGAAUGAGGAUACGGAAGCGAAGGAAGGAAUGAGGAAUGGGGUAGCUUAUAAAGGGGAUGCGGAUGAGCUGAAGGAUGCAGCAGAGGGAGUGGUGGCAGGAGAAGGAAGGGAAGUGAGUUUGGGGAGGCGUGCAAGGGUGAGUGCUGGAGAGAGUGCGAGGGCGAGAGUGGGUGACGGAGUGGAGGAGGAGGGAGUGGGCGAGAGAAAGGGGGAGAGGGGGAAGGGAGGUUGGAUGGCAAAGUGGGGGAGAGAGUGGGGAGCAGAAGAAGGGAGAAGAGAAGGAAGCCGGAAGCUGAAAUGGUGGCAGAGGGGGCGUCUGGCUUGGAGGCAAGGCCUGCAUCUGGCUUGGAGAAACAGGAAAGGGAUGGGGGGAGACGGCUAAGGAGGAAAGGCAGUGGCUUGGUGGUUGGCUCCGAAACG